GAGUUUUGAGUCUUCACUUUAAAUCCUUUUAUUAUCAGUGAAGCUGAAGCCCCACUUCCUUGAUGUCCGUGUGCCGAUACCUCUCAUAUAUUAUUAGCUCUUCGUUAAGAAGUACUCCACAGUGCAAUAUAGAGGCAGGAAAAUUUAAAUGAGGAAACCUUCCAAAGUAAAAACUUUAACUUCAGACUUUAUCCAAAAUUCUGAUUAAAGCAUGUUUACAGGCAUCAGGUUUAAAACUUGCAGGGCAUGCCACUAGUGAUACUCACAUCAGACCCCAUUAGCACUCAGGGAGAAGUGAUGCAGAGGGGAGAGAAAUGAAGGUCAGAGAUCUGGAAUAUGAAGGAAAAGUAUCUAAUCAGAAAUAAGAGCCUUCAUCAGGCACAGGCGAUAGAUAGUAAACUGGCUUUGGGAGAUCUAUUCAGGCAUCACGGGAGUCCGAUCAACAGACAGAAGCCUGCCUUGCUGCAUAAGUUUAUGAUAAGCAGCUGGUGUAGCAGAGCAUCCUGCCUGUAAACACUGACUUUGGUACAGUUCCUCUGGUUGACGUCAGCGUUCAGUGCUGCUGCAGGAGGACUGACUGCAUUCACUGCUGGGUGCUGUGGAACACAGGAGAAAAAGUGAUGUAGAAUGACAACUGGAAGGAUUUCCAAGGAAAGAAAGAAUGACAGAACCUGUAGAUGAAGACAUACCCACAUAUUAAUGAGAGAAAAUCUGACCAGCAGGGCUUCUCACCAGAAACGAGAGCUGGGCUGCAGGACAGAUCAUGCAAUCACAGAAUAUCCUGAGUUGGAAGAGACCCACAAGGAUCACUGAGACCACCAACACCAUACUUGUCAUUAGCCUCAGAAGCAAAGAAUGGAGUUGAGACACAGUGAUCUUGUUUGAGAGAUGUGUAGACAAGCAGCACUCCUCAAAUGUCAAGAGGAUUUGGGUUCAUCACCAAUCCCACUGCCCUGAGACCCAGAACAGGAGUGGUUUCAUUCAUGAUGCCUCACUGCCAGAGCUCAUUAGUGAAAAAAUCCUGUUUGCCACAGCAAUACCAGCAGGGACUCUGCUUCUCAAAUACAAAGCUCCCUCCUACAGAUGCACAUCAGUACAUGAGGUGAACUUCAGAAAUGUGUUUUAUGGCAGGAAGAUUCUAUGGAAUAACAAGAUGACAAAUAAGGUGUGACAACAGAAGAAUAGAAAAAGAAAGAAAUCCCUCAAAGGGAAAGAGAAAAAGAAGAAGUAAAAAAAAAAAAAAAGAAAGCAAAGAAGGAAGACUUAGAUAUUCUGUCAGCACAAAACAGGAACCCAAAUGCUGACUGGAAUACAUGAUUGCUGAUGUCCAGAAUAUAAAUAACUCUACAGUAAAAGAAAUGUUAAAAAAGGGUAAGUUUUAAAAGGGUAAGUUUUCAUGCCUUCCUGCACACAUGCAAAACCUAAGGGCUCCCGGAGGGGAAGAUGCAUAAACAAGCAAAUGUUAAUUGCUGAAAAUCUCAUUGAUCACCACACAUGUGAUGUGGAUAGGUUGCUGCCACAGGGAUUUGGGUUUAUACAGGCUUUCUCCUUAGGGAACAUUUUCCCCAGUUUGUGUCACCAUUUCCCAGUAAUGGGGCAUGUUGCAGGAAAGUUCUCUGCCGGCCCUACAGACACUCCUGUCAUGUCCUCUGCUGUCUCCAGGGGAGUUUCAGGACAUAUCUUGUGGGAUAGCUGUGUCCCUGUGUUUCCUGAGUUGUUGUUUUUCUAUUUCUCUUGCAGGGCACCGAGCAAAAGGCACUAGGAGCCACUGCCCACCUCCCAGAGUGCCAUUCUUCUCUUUGGAGACAGAACAGCCCCAGAGAGAAACAUACUGGUGUUCCAAGUGGUAGUGACAGGAUGAUCCUGAAUGAACAGAAGAUGAAUCAAUGGGUGAGCAGUUCCCUUAAGAGUAAAAAGGUGUUAAAUUAGUUGAGUCUUGUACUGCUUUGAAGCUUGCAGGCAUGACAUUUUGGUGUUUUUAUCACAUCUUUGUGUGUUUGAGCUACUGCUUAGUGGGGUAGAUGCUUUCAAAUCCUGAUAAAGGAAACUCCAGCCUCCUAAAGUCAAAUGACAAUAUAAUACAACAUGCAAAAACUGUGAGCUGGGUUUGGUUUUUUCCUUUUCAGUCACUUAGGAUAUUUUUUAUGACAUCGGAGCGUUUAACUGCAAGGCUGUCACUGCUGUUUAAAAACAAGCUCAGGUAGUUAUUUAGUUAACUCACAAAGACUGAAAAAAUGAAGACAACUCAUGAUUUUCAAAGCUCUGAAUUUGCAAGAUAGCUUAUAUUUCACUCUGAAGAUACUUUGCUUUAAUGUGCUUUAUCUUCUCCGUAUUCCGAUGGGAAAAAAAAUCAAAUAAUUUUGAUACUCAGUGUUUCAGAUGAGGUAUUGUCUUUUCAGGUAGUGUAAUUUCAGCUGUGUAUCACUAAGUUUUAUCAUGCUGUCUUGCUUAGGAAAAUCCAGUCUUGCCUAAAUUAUUUGUGUGCUACAUAAUUCUGGAGUAUUUCAAAACAGUGCACUGUGAAUAGCUCAUCCUGAAGUGUUUGGCUGUUGUGCUACAGGCUUCUGCUCUCUCAUUGUUAUGGGAUAUGCGCACCUUCCAGCAGCACACCGAGCACCAGGACUAACAUCUGCCACGUUUUGUUUGCUUUCACAUCCUCCCUCUGCGGGAAAAUGCAUAUGCAAUGGGGUUGCCUGGUUUGGGUAUGGUUUCUCCCUAAGGGAGUGAUUUGCUUUUAUUUGUUGUUUUUUUUUUUUUAUCUGAUUUGAUUUUUGAUUUUUUUUUAAGAAAGAUGCAUUCUUCUGCAUUUCAGUGAGAAAAGGCAAAAUGGAAGAAAUACACAAAGUGGUACCUGGAGAGGUUUGGAAAUGUCCGUGUGUGUGGAGAGGGGUGUUAGUUUUAUCAUUAAUUCCUUCAGAUUAGUCUGAGUGUGGUGGGGAUUUCUGUGCCAGAGGAGCUGCAGUGCGAGAGCUCUGGGCUUGGAUUCAGGCUUGCUGCAGAGGUCUGUGGCUGCCCAAAGGGAGAUUUUCUGGCUGACAGACUGCAGCAACGCGAUGCAGCAGGGCGGGAGCUGAGCAGGAUCGCUCUGCAUCCUGGUCUGGGGUGGUGUGGGGAGCUGGGAAGGACGGGCCGUGGUACCUGUGAGUGGUGGCAGACAUGCUUUGGGGCUGCUGGUCUCUGCACAGGAAGGGGCUGACUUCUAUUUUCUGGGAGCCUGAAACUUCAGCUCUGAUGUGUAAACUCAUCUCCUUCUGCUAACUCAGAUGUCACUAGCUGCACGCUAUCUGCAUUGCUAACUAUUCUGGUUGCUCACUGUUAACUUAUCAAAGGAGAUAAGAGGAUCUCAUUACAAAAAGCUAUCUAUUACCGAUGCCACUCUUUCAAAUGAGACUCAUUUUGCACUGUAAUUUAACAGCACCAAACAGACUGGGUGGAGGCACAAACACUUUAAUUGUCCUUGAAAAUCAGAUCAAGGACUGAGGAGCUGUCAUGGGGUCAGUGUUAAGCUACUGUGGCUGUUGGUCGUCUGGGGUGCUGGUAAAUGGAUGCUCUUACCUCUACCAGCAGUAUCUUUGUACAGGAGUCAUAGCUCUCUCCUUCGAAGGUGACAGUCAGCCGCUGGUGUUGCCGCCUUGUAAAAUGGCACAAUGCACAAAUUAACCAUUCCUAAAUCCAGCUACCUUGCUUACAAAGCUGGACAUAAAUUGCAGAUGUCCUUUGUCCUUUUCAAGAUCUCACAUACAGCUGCCAGUACACACAGUAGUCGUGGAAUAACUAGCGCAGUUUAAAGCCACUCCUGCUUGUCCUAUUGCUAUCAGACCACGUAGAAAGUUGGUCCCCCUCCUGCUUGUAAGCUCCUCUCAAGUACUGGGAAGUCACAGUGAGAUCUCCCCGGAGCCUUCUCUUCUCUAGGCUGAACAAGCCCAACUCCCUCAGCCUUUCUUCAUAGCAGAGGUGCUCCAGCCCUGAGCUGUAGUGACUGGUUAUCUGGAACCAAUGGGUCAUCUUAGCACACAGCUGGCCACUGCCUCAUGACACAUGGAGGAAGGCAGCCAGAAUGCUGGUGGCAGCCAUCCCUGGCAAUGUGUGACAGACAGAGAUUUUGUGCCAGCAGUGAGCAAGAAGCAAAGCAUGGGCUCUUUGCUCCCACCACCAAAUCUGUAAGUCCCUUUGCUCUGGGUUGCCUGUCCCCCUCCAGGGUUAUAUCCAUGCCUGAAUCUAGUGGCUUUUUUCAUUCCUCUGUCCCUGUGAGGCCAAGUCACAGGCCUGCACUCUUCCCUUGCUGAGCAGUGCUGGUGUCAGGGGAAGAGGAGGAUGAAGCAAUGCAGGGAAGUUCAGAAGGAUCUGUGCAAUGACUUCUAUAGGGGCAGUUUGGCAUGUCAACCCUGUGGACACCGAUCUCAUUGCAUUCAGGAGCUCCCAGUGGGUGAGCAGAGCCAAACCACAUUAGUAGCAUCCAUCCAUCCUCUCCCGACAGCCAGGUCCCUGUGACCACAGAGGUAUGUUUCUGAAGUGCUACAGAGGGCUUUUUGGUGUUAAAUUCUGUUUUCCUGGCAUAUUUAUUGAGACAUUGCCCCACUCGGCUUUUUGAAACAUGGUUUGGUGUGUUUAGCCCAGUUCAUAAUUUCAGCAGUGCUUGUGAGCCUUCAGAUUUAGUUUGUUGUUUCACCAGAGUCAUUUACUUCAGCACUUUUUUUUUUUUUUUUAAAUUCAUUCCCUCCCUCAUAUAUGCACAGACCUCACAGGGAUUUUCAUGCAUUUAAAUGAAAAAGCUGAACAGUUCCCUUUUCUCAUUCACAUUAUGCAGUAUUGCCCUUCUCUGUUCUUAUCCUAUUUCAGAGCUGUCAUGCAAACAAACCCAACUUAAAAAAAAAAAAUUAAAAAUCGUUAAAGAGGCAUGCAUCCUAUCAACCUUCUGUCUUGGCUUCUUCUCUCACUGUAUGUGUAAGGAGAAAUCUCUUCUCCUGCUUGCCCUUCUCUUUCAGGCAUACUGACUUCUUUUUGAUCUCUAAUUCAUUAUUUUUCUGGCUCCCCCAAAUGCUCUGAUCUCCUCUGGUUGACCAGUAAACCACUACUCCCUGCCCUACCAUGCAUAUGUAGUAUUUACUUUUCCAGGACUAUGGAACUCUUGUUUUCAUUUACAUUUUCUUCCUCAACUAAUCCAAAAGGGGGGAUUCUUCUUUUCUGUAAGGUCUGUCCUGUAAAGCAUGCUAUGCUGCUAGGACACCCCCUUGUCAUUUUCCAUGAGUAUGCCUCAGCGAGUCAUUGUAACUCUUUCCUCCAUCAUUUCAGUGUCUGAUUGUUUUUAAUAUUAUUUCUUACUCUUGUAUAUCAUCUGAGUCAGCUUUUAAGGGAGGCUUAGCCAGAAAACUUCAACAUGUGUUAAUAUUAAUUCCAUUUAUUUAUUUAUUUGCCAAGCCAGCUUUUAUUAGAAAUCUUCACCAUGCCAAAAAUUUACUCUCUGGGAAGCCUGCUCCUUUUCAUGUCCCUGAUCAAAAUGCAGGGACAUUGGCUUCUGCAAGGUAAGCAGUAUGGGAUCCUCUAUGAUUUUCACAUUGGCAAUGGAAAAAAAAGUAUAUCGUUACCAGAGACUAAAUACAGAAACUGCAUCCAGCUCUGGGAUUUCUUAGAGGGCAGCCCUGGGAAGUAUUAUUUUUGCUUACUCUCAGCACAAGUGCAUGGCUCUCAUUAUUGUCUUUCCUGGGCAACAGCCAUAAAGUAGGCUCAAACAAAUAUAAAAAAGGGGGAAACAGUGGGAAUCUAAUGAUCAUGACAGCAAGUGGAAGUGUGAUGGGAUAGGGCUUAAAAGAGACAACUACAAAUUGCUCCUAAGGAAGUACAUAUCUUGUUCUUACUGCAGCUGAAGCUCUUCUUGGGAAGAUGUGGAUGUUAGCAUAGCUCUGGCAGGGAAUUUGUGCUAGCUGCAGAUAGGAAAAAGUGAUAGAGCAUGGAAUAGGUAUGGGACAACAGGUCAAGGCUUUUGCCUCGUCUCUCAUACCCCUCUGAUGACCAAGAGUCUGCCUUUUCUGAAAGAGAGUACAUUCUUGUAGCAAGAAAGGUGGUGGAAAAAUAACUAUUUUGUACUUAAUUCUCAUGCUCGUGAAAGUGCACCUAUAUGGAUAGUAGGUGACCAGCGAUUGAUAGGUAUGAAAGCAGAUCCACCAACUUUUGUGCAGAACAUCGAAUAGUGAAUUUAGGCUGCACCAUCUUCCCAUCUCCCUGGAAAAACUUCAGAUGUUCUUGAUUUUAUCCACACAUGGAGGAUGAAAUGCUCUAAGUCUUAAUGAUUUGUGGGAUGGGGGAUAUUUCUUGGUUUCCAUAAAUAUGUUAACCUCUUUGUCAAUGAGGAAUAAAGAUCUGCUUUGAAUUCAUGUUGCAUUUUUAAAGUUUCUUUCAAAGACUCCUUUUUUUUGUUCAUUUUAUUUCCCAUCUCUUCUCAUGUAUCUCAGAAGAAACCAGCCUGCCAAACUGCUCCAGGAAGCUCUUCUGAGAUAAAGACAUCCAUCGCCGUGUACGGUCUGUACUUGUGAAGCAGAACACAAAGCUCUUUUCCCAUUUAAUCCAUAUUAAUUAUCUUGCUUCAGCUCCUCUAUACUUUCCACUCAGCCCAGGUGCCAAAACAUGUGCGGCUGCAUCUUGAACAAACAAAAGCCUUUCACUGCACACCUGGCAAGUCAGCACUCCCAGAAAAUAAAUACGAAGGUAUUCUGCUGAAGAACUGAGGCUCUCCUUGCUGGAAAACUAAAUGCCUUGGGACUGUGGACUAAGGCAGAUAUUUUUAGUGCCAUCAGUAUCUCCUGGAGUUGAUAUCUCCCAAGACAGAUGGUUGUUUCCCACAGAACGUUGUCAAAUGUUUGCUCAGCCAAGAUCAAUUUUGUUCCAAGUCCUUUCCCACCUUCUGGUGAAAUGCAUUUCACUUGCCAGACAAAAAAUUAAAGAAACAGCAUGAAACCACGUCACUCUAGAGGGCUCUCAUCUCCAUAGGUCUUCUCCAUCCUUUAGCUGUGUGACUGACAUCUCUUUCAGUGCCCGCAGAAGAACAGAUGCCCUUGCAGUGGAAGCAUGAUGCCAAAACUGGGGGCUGAGGUCUCACACCAAAGGCUGUUUUCCUCUGAGGCCUGAGACAAGUCUCUUCUCAGUCUAUGAAAAGGUCUUGCUGUUAGAUUUCCUAAAACAAAAGAAAUCCUGAGGACCUUGAACUACCUGAAAGAAGGUUGUAGUGAAGUGUAGGUUGGACUCUUCUCCCAGAUAACUAGUAACAGGGAGAGAGGUAAUGGCCUUAAGUUGUGCCAGGGGAGGGUCAGGUUGAAUAUUAGGAAGAAUUCUUGGAAGGAGUGGUGAUGCAUUGGAACACGCUGCCCAGGGAGAAGGUGUUCAAGAACUGUGGAGACUGGGUAAUUAAGGGCAUGGUUUAUUGGGCAUGAUGAGGAUGGGUUGAUGGUUGGACAUGAUGACCUUAGAGGUUUUUACCAACCUGAACAAUUCUAUGAUCGUAUGAACACUCUUGUGAGAAAAUGAGGUACACCAUGGAAGGAGGAACAGACAUGUCCUGAAGAGAAGACACUGAGAAAAGGUGCAGAGAGGAUGAGUGGCGUCCAUUACUUAGCAACAAUUGCAGAUUAUUAUUAUUAUUAUUCAUAAGCCCACAUGAUUUUGCAGCCAGACUCUACUAGAAAUCUGUGGGGGCAAAGGACUUUGUAAAGCAUGAUAGAAUGUGUUUACAGUAAUGCCCUAUCUGUAAAAUUGGCACCACAGAGAAAAAUGUUUCAUGUUUUCCCUGCUGAUUGCUAUUUUUAGCAGUGCCUGACUUAUGGCUUAAGGAACACAGACCUGGUACUUUUCAAAGUCCGAGCUCCUUGACAAUGUCUAAUUGUUAAGAGCAAGACAUUUUGGCAGCCAGUACCAGUAGCAGCUUCUGAAAUCUUAUGAUGAUUCUUUCCUGUUGCAUUUUUCCUGCCGUGGCUGUUUAGGCUGAAAACUGCUAAUAUAUGGUUGGUUUCUAGCUAGGACAUUGGCAAUCCUGAAUCAGUCAAGUGUCUCUCAAUCUUUAUUUUUUUAUGUAUAAUAAUAAUUCUGAUUUAGUUUUGUAAUACUAAAUCCAUUUGAAAAUGCUACAGAAUCAAAUUCUUCUACAGACUGAAAGGUAAAUUGGAUCAUCCAGAAAAUUCUUUCCAUGUUGCUCCAUAAUUUUCUCUAUUAUGGUUUCAUAGGCAAGUGAGGCUCUUAUUGGAAGGGAAAUCAGUGCUGAUACACAAAAAUAUUUUUCCUCCUUAAUUUAUUUAGGUUGAGAUUGAUCUAUUCACGACAGCCUAAGCUCUUAAGAAACCCUGCAUCCUCAGACCGCUUUUAUAGAAGAAGACUCUGAGUGGAAGACACCUGCCAGUCUUAGUAUUAUCUCUCCUACUUGGGACCUGCUUGGAGUUCAUUAAUACUGGAGGUAUCAGAAGACAGUGAGUGAUGGAUGGAUUUACUUGACCCAAAGAGAAAAUGCUGCUCUGCCAAAAUCAAUGAGAAACUUUCUGAUGACUACAGCAGGACCAAAAAUUUGACUCAGAAUUAGCAAGAUCUUAAUGCCUGAUUGUCUUUGGAGUCUCUGGAUGCUUCUGAAGAUGCACAUUGUGAAUUCUUUUGGUUUUUCUGAAGGUUGCUGGAGCUGAAGGUGUAUGGAAGAAGGAGUUUUAAGUUUCUCAGAUAUUGCAAAAGAUAGUUCCUCCUCUCAUCCUGGAAAAUCCUGACAGACCAGUUGGAUACCUUUCAGGCCUCAACUAAGGACUUUAUCUGUUUAUCCCACUGUCUUUUUUACUGUAGAAAGACCUGAGACACCCUUAAGAACUGAGAAUCUGACUAGUUUAAACAGAUGGCUAAUCCCAGUGCUGUCUGUAAUGGACAUCUACAUCAUCAUCACCAUCAGAAACAGAAUAACAUCUUAAAAAGUGGAGUCUGUAAGAAAAAUGGGAUUACCAAAGGAGUGAAGAAGAAUGGUGUAACAAAUGGAACUCUCUACAAAAAAACAUUUAUUGAGCACUUUGAACAAGCACCAAUGUAUGUUGCUGUUCUUACUUUUGUGGGUUUUGGAGUGGGCACAAUAUUUGGCUACCUGCGAGAUUUUAUGAGAGCAUGGGGACUAGAAAAACGUAACGUUGCACAGGAGAGAGAACAACAAAAAGAUUUUGUGCCACUUUAUCAAGAUUUUGAGAACUUUUACACCAGAAACCUCUAUAUGAGAAUACGUGAUAACUGGAAUCGUCCAAUUUGCAGUGUCCCAGGGCCGCAGUUUGACCUCAUGGAACGCGUUACAGAUGAUUACAACUGGACAUUUAGGUUUACAGGAAGGACUAUCAAGAAUGUAAUCAAUAUGGGUUCUUAUAACUACCUCGGCUUUGCAGAAACAGAUCCUAAUGCUUUGAAAACUGUAAGCAAAGUGCUACAAAAAUAUGGAACGGGAACCUGCAGUACUAGACAAGAAAUGGGGACCCUAGACAAGCAUGUAGAACUAGAGAAUCUCGUGGCCAAGUUCCUAGGUGUGGAAGACGCUAUGGUAUUUGGCAUGGGAUUUGCAACAAAUUCAAUGAAUAUUCCAGCCCUUGUUGGGAAGGGUUGCCUCAUUCUAAGUGAUGAAUUGAACCACACUUCUCUCGUUCUUGGUGCAAGGCUUUCAGGUGCUACUAUUAGAAUCUUCAAGCAUAAUAAUAUGCAGAGUCUUGAGAAGUUAUUGAGAGACGCAAUAAUAUAUGGCCAGCCUCGAAGCCGCAGAGCAUGGAGAAAAAUCAUCAUCCUUGUGGAAGGCAUUUACAGCAUGGAAGGGUCCAUUGUGCAGCUGCCAGAGAUAGUCUCCUUAAAGAAGAAAUACAAAGCCUACCUCUAUUUGGAUGAAGCUCACAGCAUUGGUGCAGUGGGAGCAACAGGGAGAGGAGUUGUGGAGUACUUCGGUAUGAAUCCCGAUGAUGUUGACGUAUUAAUGGGAACAUUCACAAAGAGCUUUGGUGCAGCUGGAGGAUACAUAGCUGGCAAAAAGGGCCUCGUGGACUUUUUACGAACUCAUUCUCACAGCGCUGCGUACGCCACCUCUAUGUGUCCACCUGUGGCAGAGCAAAUCAUCAGAGCAAUGAAGUGUGUCAUGGGGUUUGAUGGAACAACGCAAGGGCUUCAGAGAGUGCGCCAGCUUGGGAAAAACACGAGAUACUUCAGAAGAAGACUGCACGAAAUGGGCUUCAUCAUCUAUGGCAACGAUGAUUCUCCUGUGGUCCCAUUACUCCUUUAUAUGCCUGGUAAGAUAGGGGCUUUUGCAAGACGCAUGUUAGAAAAAAAUAUCGGGGUUGUUGUGGUUGGGUUUCCAGCUACUCCUAUCACAGAGUCCAGGGCUCGGUUUUGUGUGUCAGCUGCACAUACACGGGAGAUGUUAGACACGGUUUUGAGUGCUUUGGAUGAAUUGGGUGAUUUUCUACAUCUGAAAUAUUCCCGGUAUUCCAAGUCAUCUCAUCCUGAACUGUAUGAAGAAACUCAGUUUGAAUUUGAAGAUUAAGUUUUCCGCCCAUGAAGAAAACAUUAUGAUGCUAUGAAAGGGGGGGAAACCCAAAAACCAAAUACGAAUGCAUUUCUUCCCUUCUAAGGACAAUUUUUGUUUCUCAAUUAAUUGAAAGGAGGGAAAGCUUGGUUUUUGCAUUUUAUUGUAUCAAAUUUCUGUAUUUAAGAGACUGAAAUAUUGAUACAGAUUUGCCUCCCAGGAGAUCUGUUCUUCUUAUGGUAUUUUUUAUGCAGAAUGAAUGCAUCCAUUGAUCAUGUUGCUAGCGUACAGCUUUUGUUAUGGCCCCUUUUUAUGAAGAGGCUUCGGAUAGUCCUAAUUUUGACUGAAAGAAUAAAGUUUAAAAACUGAACUGAUCCAGUGUAGUAUGGCAAUAUAAUUGAGCUUCAUCAGUGAAAUUGAAUUCUGUCUGUUGAAGAGCAUAAAUCAAGACAUCCCUGUGGAUUGCUACAGAGCAGAAAGUGACCUCUUAACUAAUUUACCCUAUCAUGCCUUUUUCCAGGGACAAAAAACAUUAGAAGGCUAAUGCUGAGAACAAGAAUAGUUGUCUCAUCAGGUAUUUCUGACAACAGAUUAUGGGAAAGGGAAAUGUUUCCUCCUUUCUACAGACCCUUUCUCUGCCACGUCAAUAUACUAUGAGCUUCAUAAUGUGCAAAAGUUGGGGCUUAGAAAUAAAGAAAUGCUUUUAUUCUAAUGCAUUUGACCUACAGCCUUCCACAUCUUAUCACAUUGAGAGCUUCUCAGCAGGCUUGCUCCCUUUUCAUGUAGCAGCAGUAAAUAAUUUUAAUAACCAUUUAACUUUCCCAUAAAAACCUUGAUCAAAACAGUCAGAUACUCACAGUUCACAAACUGCAGAUGACAUUUAUGGGCCCAUUCCUAAGUUUCCUGAACUACUUAUGGGCUUAAUAAAUUCACUAACAAGUACAUAAUGCCCAAGCUGUUAGUUGUACAGAAUGUGACGCUGAAGAUACCAUAAGCAGUUCUCCCACCUGUUAAAUUGAGAGCUCCACCAUUCCUAACUGCACUAGGGUCACCCACUCAAUAGCAUUUCUUGAAAUGUUCUUGUCUGGUUUAUGCAUGUCAGGGGUUGUUUUGCCUGUCGAGCUGCAGGCUUUUUGAGUGGUUUAUUUUGCAAAUAAUUGGUUAUGUCAUCUGAGAGGAAGACGUCCUUGUUCUCCUUUCCACUGUUCCAGUGACAAAUGCUCAAAGAUGCUUGGAGGAAAUGUCGUAGUCUGCAGCUUCCCUGCAAUGCCUUCAGCAGCAGAACCGUCAGCCUCGUGUGGGCUGGGUAGUUGGAGGGAGACUGCAGCUUUUUCCCCUUUCUGUGGUGUUGAAAAGUGGUUCUGCAGCUUUAAGAAUGAACUCCAAACCAUUCCACACUAUCAAAUGUCAUUGUAAACACAUCAGAUGAGAGAUGUUUAGGUUUCUGUUGCACAGAUGUACCACACUUUCAUGUUCUCUUGAAAGCUGUGGUGUAAACUUAACCCACAGCUGCAAUAUUAGAUUUAAGAACAGUACAAUUAAAUUGCGGAGUACCAAUUACACUAUAUUACUCUCUGCUUGUUAAAGCUGCUUUCAGGAUAUAACAAGGCUGAUUGGUUAUGAGGGGCCACUUUUUGUUGGGUUUUUGUUGUUGUUGUCAUGCAAGUUAAUAAAAAUCCAGUGGUGCUAUAACUUUAA